AUGAUUAGCUUCCUGCAAGGAAACCUGAACCACUGCAGAGUGGCUCAGGACCUGCUCACUCAAUAUAUGGUUGAGCAGGAGGUGGACGUCGCGCUAUUAAGUGACCCACACAGGGUGGAUUCAGGGUCAACAAUGUGGCAUAGUGACAAUGGCACCCAGAGAGCGGCAAUACUUAUAUCGGGCAACGGUAUUACAGUUGGAAAUAUACAGAGGGAUUUGGAGUUCGUGUCCGUACGUAUCAACGGGGUGCAAGUAUACAGUUGUUAUGCAUCCCCGAACAAGACGCAGGCAGAAUUCAACAACUUCUUACAAAGGCUGGAGGACAGUGUCAGGGCCGUACCACCCGGAGUUCCCGUGCUUGUCACUGGUGACUUUAACGCCAGAUCGGCAGAUUGGGGUGACUGGGUUAGCAACCAACGAGGAGGAGAACUUAACGACCUGUUCCAAUCGCUGGAACUUGUGAUACUGAACACAGGCUCAACUCCAACGUUCAAUCGAGGAGCGGGAUCUAUAGUUGACGUCACCACGGCGUCAAGCACACUGGCUCGAAGAAUUGGACAUUGGAGGGUAAUGACCGAUAUCUACAAUGGCAGUGAUCACCACUACAUCCAGUUCAGCAUGGACUCGAACGAAGAAGGAAAUCAACCAAUAACCCGCACCAGCGAGCCAAUCGGUUGGGAUACCUCUGGUAGCAUUAAUCAGGACCUAUUCAAAACCGGUCUCCUCGUCGCAGAAUGGCUAGAUCAAAGUCGACAACACAUAGAGCAGGACGCUGACACAGAAGCAAGGAGACUUGGGGCAAAAAUCGCAGCAGCCUGCGACUUCUCUAUCCCCAGGCGGCGGGCUCAUAGACCCGGGAAACCUCCAGUCCAUUGGUGGAACCCCGAGAUAGCCUCCCUUCGGGCCGACUGUACAAGGGCCAAACGAUGCAACGUUAGGAUGAUAUCCCGCAUAACCCGCCUCAGACGCAACGCCGCGGCUGACUUUGACAACGAACGGGCCGAUGCAGAACUGGCAAGGGCGAAAGAA